UAAGUGUUAAAUCUGGGAUUACAUUGACCAAAUGAGCUGACAAUGAUCGGAUUGAAAGCGUCGACUCUUUGAGGCAGGCAUUGAAAUCAAACCGAAAACCCACGAAACCCGCCGGCAACUGAAUCCACUGAAUCCACUGAGUACUGGCAACCAAAGAGGGGCCCUGAAAUACCUUGUGCCCAGCUAGCAGCUGCAAUAAUGCACAUUUCUGCUGAGGUCAGUUCGACCACCUCAAAUCAAAUACAGCAGCAGCAGCAGCAGCAGCAGCAACACCAGCAGCAGCAGCAACAUCAGUUGUUGCAGCAGCAGCAGCAACAACAGACAGCAGCAACGACCACAACGAAGCGGCGGAAUGCUGAGUCCUCUGCCAGCAGCAAUAACAACAACAAUACCAGCACCACCAACAACAAUAACACUAACAAUAACAACAACAGCACCACGAACAACAACAACAAUAAUAAUAAUGUUAAAACAAAGCCCGUGGACACGAGUCCCUACUUGACCCCCGAGAAUCUCAUCGAGCGCACCGUCGACGUCCUGCUCGCCGAACAUCCUGGCGAGCUGGUCAAGACGGGGUCUCCACAUGUGGUCUGCACCACUUUGCCCACGCACUGGCGCUCAAACAAGACUCUACCGAUCGCCUUCAAGGUUUUGGCACUGGGCGAGGUCAUGGAUGGCACUAUAGUCACCAUUAGAGCCGGAAACGAUGAGAACUUCUGCGGGGAGCUGAGAAACUGCACGGCCGUGAUGAAAAAUCAGGUGGCCAAGUUCAAUGAUCUGCGGUUCGUGGGCAGAAGCGGAAGGGGCAAGAGCUUCACACUGACGAUUGUCAUCUCGACGAACCCCAUCCAGAUAGCCACCUACACCAAGGCCAUCAAGGUGACCGUGGAUGGGCCGAGGGAACCCAGAUCGAAGGUGCGACACCAGGGAUUCCAUCCGUUCGCCUUUGGGCCACAACGUUUCGGACCGGAUCCACUUAUGGCCGGAUUGCCCUUCAAGUUGCCAGGAUUCGCACACCAUCUGGUGGGGAUGCACAGCCACCUUCAUGCGCCCGACUGGCGCGCCCACAUGGCCUUGGGCGGUCGCCCAGCCGCCUUUACCGCCGCCCCCUUUUUUGGCCACCAUGCGGCCGCUUUUCCCACCGCCAGUGGCCUGCGUGGAUUGAGUGGGGACAGUCAGCAGCACCAGCAGCAGCACUUGGCCACCGUGGGGGCGGCACAUAGCACCACCAGUCCGGAGGGAUCGCCGACCACCACCACCACGAGCGGUACGCAGCUGAGCGCCUUUGUCCAGCCACCGAUGACGUCGUCGCCUCCGCCGGUCACCAGUUUGCAGCACGACAAUAACAAUAACAACAGCAACAACAACAACAGCAGCAGUCACAUUGAUGCGGGCUUCGAAAGCGACAGCAUUUCGGUAACAGGAUCGCCGCGGAAAAGCCUCGGCUCCCCUUUGACCCACGACGAGGAGGAGGCGGAGGCAGAGGCUGAAGCAGAAGCAGAAGCGGAGGCCGAGGAAGCGGAGGUGGGCGGAUUGAGUCUGAAUGGUGGCGGCAUUCAGGGCACGCUGCACAGCGAAAGUUCCCCCGGCUCGGGUGGCGCCUUCACCGCCCUCAUCCAGCGCAGUGGCAAAAAUCCCACCGAAUUAUUCGGCGGCUUUGCCGGUGCAGGUGGAAAUCACUUUGCCCCCAGCGGUCAUAGUUUCAAUCCCGCUCUGGCCGCCCAACUCUUCCUGCAAAGUCCCCUUUUGCCGCAAUCCAGCCAGUGGCUAUAUACCCAGCUAUAUGGCAACUACAGUGAUCUCCCCUGGCUGAGGAACGCGGCGGCUGCGGCGGCCGCGAAUAUAAAUCCCGGCCAGGAGAACCCCGGCCUUCCGCCACUGGGCAGCAAUCCAGAUCACGAUGGCGUUAACCUGAUCAAGCGCUGUGUCACACUGAUAACCCACAAUCCGCCGGACGCGGAGAACGCCAACCCAAACGCCUCGCCGCCGGUCAGCUCCACCAGGCGAUCGCCCUCCCCCGUGGAAACCAUCGACCUGGACGACGUGAGCACCACAUCGCGCUCGGCCAGCGGUUCAAGUGGCCAUGGCGGCGGAGUGGGAGUGGGUGGUGCAGUGGGACCCAUCAGGUCGCGCACACCCAAACCGUCGGCGGAUGUCUGGCGUCCCUACUAG